AAGAAAACACCGGCCAACCACGCAGCUGGCUGCUGAGGUAGCAGAAGUCCGCACCAAGUCCACUCUUUUUCCUCUGUUCGGAUCGCCUCUGCUCUAAGGCUCUCAUCCUCCCUCCAACGCCAAGACGAGAGAAGAAGCAACACGAAUUUGAGCUUUUUUUUGCUCCUCCAUAGAAAACCCAGACUUUGGGGUCUUCUCCGGAUCGGGAAGGUGGAUCUGGAGCUUGGACUUGUUUUCGGCUGUUAGGGCCUUUGGAAUCGCACGGAGGAUGAAGGAGAAGCGCGUAUUGGACUCCGAAGGCAGCGAUUUAUUGCAUCCGGAACCUAAAAGGCAGAGGGUUCCUGCGCUUGCGAGUGUGGUUAUUGAAGCUCUGAAGGUGGACAGUUUGCAAAAACUUUGUUCUUCACUGGAGCCAAUUCUCCGCAGAAUUGUUAGUGAGGAAGUUGAAAGAGCAUUGGUGAAACUUGAACCUGCAAGAAUUGGGGACAGGAGUUCUCCAAAACACAUUGAAUGGUCCGGUGGAAGAAAGCUGCAGCUGCAUUUCAGAUCAACUUUGUCCCUACCACUUUUUACUGGUGGUAAAGUAGAAGGAGAGCAAGGUUCUGCAAUUCAUGUUGUUUUGCUAGAUGCAAACACUGGUCUUGUUGUGACAUCAGAGCCUGAGUCUUCUGCAAAACUAGAUGUUGUUGUUCUCGAGGGUGAUUUCAACAAUGAAGAUGAUGAUGAUUGGACCGAAGAAGAGUUUGAAAGUCAUAUAGUGAAGGAGCGUGAAGGCAAGAGGCCACUUUUGACUGGAGACUUACAGAUAUCACUGAAGGAAGGUAUAGGAACACUUGGAGAGCUUUCAUUUACGGAUAACUCUAGCUGGAUAAGAAACAGGAAGUUCAGACUUGGGCUAAAAGUCUCUCCCGGUUUUUGUGAGGGCAUACGUAUUCGUGAGGCAAAAACAGAAGCUUUCGCAGUGAAGGAUCACAGAGGAGAGUUAUACAAGAAACAUUAUCCUCCUUCAUGGAAGGAUGAGGUUUGGAGAUUGGAAAAGAUCGGCAAGGAUGGGUCAUUCCACAAGAAGUUGAACAAUAAUGGAAUCUUUACAGUUGAAGAUUUUCUCCGGCUUUAUGUCAGGGAUCCACAAAAAUUACGAACUAUCCUUGGAGGUGGCAUGUCAAAUAAAAUGUGGGAAAGUCUGAUUGAGCAUUCCAAAACCUGUCCCCUAAGUGGAAAGUAUUAUGUUUUCUAUUCUGAUGACGCAAGAGAUGUCGGUGCAAUCUUCAAUCAUAUUUACGAGUUCAGUGGCUUGGUUGCUGGAGGGCAGUUCUGUUCAGCUGAAUCUUUGACAGAUAGUCAAAAGGUCUUCACAGAUGCUCUUGUUAAAAGAGCAUACGAAAAUUGGUCUUAUGUAGUAGAAUAUGAUGGCAAAGCUCUUCUAGGCCUCAAGCCGAACAAGAAGACAAUAACUACUCGAAGUGAAACUUCAGCUUUGGCAAAAUUUUCUGGAUCGUAUGACCUAGAAGCCUCACAACAGCAUUUGUCAGUUCCAGAACCUAUACCUCAAUCUUCCAACAACCAAGGAUUAGCUGCUCGAGGAGAAGCAAGUUCUACACGAUAUGAUGAUCACCAAAUGACCAGAUACUCUAAUUCUCACCUUGUUGGUUCAAAUGCCCAGUUGGAUUAUGAAACUGCUUUGUCGCAGCAGGAUCCAUUCAGUGGUUCUUCUAGCCUAUCUCAAGAUCCUCGAGAAGACACCAUUGGUCUCGCAUUAGCCCCACCACAGUAUUCAAACUUGGGAGUGCAACCAGCAAGCCAGCCCUUUUCAUUCUCAAACCUGAAUUCCUACUAUGACUGGUCACACCAACGGCAGAAUAAUGGCGCUGAGGACUUCUUCACGGAGGACGAGAUUCGCAUGAAGAGCCAUGAGAUUCUGGAACACGAUGAUAUGCAAUUGCUUCUCCGACAUCUGAGCAUGGCAGGAGCUGCCGGCAACAACAUCCCAGAUGAUGGAUACGAAUAUCCGUCGUACAUGCCUUCUCCAAUCCCAACCUACAACUUCGAUGAGGAGCAAAACCGCUCGUCCGGGAAGGCUGUCGUCGGGUGGCUCAAGAUCAAGGCAGCAAUGAGAUGGGGCAUAUUCAUCAGGAAGCAGGCGGCCAAUAAAAGGAAGGCUAAACUCGUUGAGUUGAAUGAUUAACUAGCCAGUUAUUUAUCGUGAUUCUGAGUACUCAACUUGAGCCAUUUAUCAAAGAAAGCUUCAGUAGGAAGUAGUAGUUCGCGUGAUUGCUGAUAUGACCUUGUACAGUAGCGUUUAGGUCUAUUGUGAAGGCUUUGCAAGAGUCUACUUCAAUAAUACUGUCCGAUUUUUAUGAUAAUAUCUAGUGAACAAAAUAUUUUAUUUUUGAUACAA